AUACAUAAUAACGAUCAAGGCUCUAGAGUCUAGAAGCAUUAGAAGCAUUCUAAUCUAACCAAAUUGAUAGCCGCCAAGUGCUGUCAAUUUCAAGCCAGCUGCAGCUGCUAGCCGCGGGCAUGAGACCAUUCAUUUUCAUAAGCUUUUGAGUGUUUUUGAUAGUGAACAUAGAAUAGAGGAACAGUUUAUUCUCUUUUCUGUUUUUCUAUUUGUAUCUUUGUGAACUCCCAACACUCCCAGUAAAAAAUGAACCCAAUAUAGUUAUCAAAACAUAUAUUCGCUCGUGAAAGUUAAUGAAACUCGAUGUAAGAAAAUAGGUUAUGUUCGUAUCGUUCUCUUAUCUGAAACAAAUAUAGCAACUUCAUCGACAUAAAUGAAACUAUUUUAAGUGUGUGAAUUAUAUUCCGACUCACUCUGGAUUGAUUAGAAAAUUAAAAAUGUCAAACCGAAGCGUAGGCAGAGGCCCAGUUCCUGACCGAUGGUUGCAUUGUCCUCGAAAGUCACUUAGAAUUAUUCAAAACAAGUUCUGUGCUUUCAAGACUCCACUCUCUUCCGAAUUCGAUAAUCAAGUACCGGAAGAAUGUAAGUUUUCCGUAAAAAUGCUAUUUGCUUCAUUGAAAAGUCAAAGGUUGAAGAUGGGCAUGUGGAUAGAUUUAACCAAUACUUCGAGGUUUUACGACAGAGAGGAAGUUGAAGAAAAUAGCUGUUCGUACGUGAAAUUACCUUGCAAGGGCCAUGAGGAAGCACCAGAUUUAACCACGACCAAAACGUUUGUGCAGCUUUGUAAAAAGUUUAUACAAAAUAAUCCACUGGAAAUUAUAGGAGUUCAUUGCACUCAUGGGUUCAAUCGUACGGGUUUGCUUAUUAUUAGUUACUUAGUGGAAGAAAUGGAGAUGAGUGUAGACAUUGCCCUUGCUGAUUUUAGAAUGGCAAGGCCACCAGGUAUUUAUAAGUCUGAGUACAUACAAGAACUGUAUAAAAGAUACGAUGACAUCAACGACGCGUCACCAGCACCCCCGAGACCCGCUUGGUGCUUGGAAACAAAUUUCGAGGAUGACGAUGACAGAGACGAGGGUCCUAGUCGAGACAAAUGUAACAUUACUGAUGUUCCAACGAAGAGGAGAAAAAGAGAACAUAAUAAUAGGAAUCCGGUUUUUAUGGCUGGUGUUCCCGGCGUCACACCUCUCUUGGAUUAUCAAGUCGUGAGCGGAAUACAGAGACAUAUUCAGGAUAUCUGUUGCUGGAGCAGAGCUGGAUUUCCAGGAUGUCAGCCGGUUUCAAUGGAUGUUGAGAAUAUCUCGUUAUUGCGUAAGAAACCGUAUCGGGUGUCCUGGAAAGCUGAUGGAACCAGGUACAUGAUGUUGAUACAAGGUGACGGACAAGUUUACUUUGCUGAUCGAGACAAUAGUAUUUUUGAAGUUGUUGGACUCCGUUUUCCACAUGUAAAAGAUACAAAAAGGGUCCUCCAAGAUACCUUACUUGAUGGGGAGAUGGUGAUAGACAUUGAUAAAUCGGAUGGAAAAAAGUAUCCUCGGUACUUAGUUUAUGACGUAAUCAUGUACGACGGCAAGGACGUCAGUAAACGUCCAUUCGAUACUGUUCGCUAUAACAUAAUCGAGAAUGAAAUACUAAAUGGGCGCAGAAGAGCCUUUCAAGAAGGGAGACUAAACAGGGACCGUGAGCCGUUUUCGGUGAGACGCAAGACUUUCUAUGAAUUAGACCAGACUGCCAGCAUCCUUGGAGAAAAGUUUGCGAAGCAGCUUAGCCAUGAACCAGACGGUCUAAUAUUUCAACCCGCUGAGGAACCCUAUGUAACUGGCCAGUGUCCGGAAGUUUUGAAGUGGAAACCUUUGUCUUUAAACUCUGUGGACUUCAAACUAAAAAUCGUCACAGAAUCUGGCUUGGGUAUAGUGCCGAAGAAGGUAGGAUACCUUUAUGUUGGCGGACAGACUGAUGUUCACUUUGCAAAGAUGAAACUCAGCAAGCAGAUGAGAGAACUAAAUAACAAAAUAGUUGAAUGCAAAUAUGAGAAUAAUCAAUGGGUCUUCAUGCGAGAGAGAACUGACAAGUCCUUUCCCAAUUCUUACAAUACCGCUAAAGCCGUUUGCGAAUCUAUUGCCAAUCCAGUAACGAAGGAGAAGCUACUUGAUUACAUUAGGGAGAAUCAGUUUCGCCAUGACGAUUCUGACCUCAUGCCACCUCCCAACCGAACUAGAAAUGUGCAUAGAACAGUACAGCUCUGGUGUACAAAAGAUCUUUCAUCGAAGGAUAAAAGAUCUUUGCGGGUAAAUAUCGAAUACGAUCACGCAACAUUAGUACGUUGGUCUCCAGAUGGAAAAGCGUUUUUGAUUCAUAAGGCAUUAGGAAAUGCAAUCGAAGUUUACAAAAUUUCAAAAAAAUCAGAUGGAACCCUUGCUUCAGCUACGAAAUCUUUAGAGUUUCCAAAGUACCAUGUAGAAGAUGUCGUAGGGAUGGAUAUUGCAUGCACGGGUCGUUACAUUGUAACUUGCAGUAAAGUGAAUGAUCUAGUUAUUUUGGACCUAAAGGGUCAAAUUCUUGCAACUGUCGAUACUUAUCUUGGGACUACGCACCGAGUUCGAAUUUCUCCUUGUGGAAGAUUUGUAGCUGCUUCAGGCUUCACACCCGACGUAAAAGUGUGGGAAGUAGGAUUCACAAAGUCAGGAGAAUUCAAACAGAUCUCUACAGCUUUCAACCUUGCUGGCCAUUCGUCGGGGGUAUAUGAUUUUGGAUUCAGUGCCGAUACUAGUCACAUGGCCACUGUCUCGAAGGAUGGGACUUACAGAUUUUACGAUACAAAGAUUGAGUUUGAAAAAGGCCAAGAUCCACGAACACUCGUUAGCGGACCAUGGGAAUGUGCAACACCUACUACUCUUGCCUUAUCACCUAACGGAGAAGUUCUGGUCAUUGUUCAAGGAUCAUCGUUGUCAUUUUACAUCACCGUUACUGGAUCAUUCGAUACAACUAUCGACGAUAUUUUCAGUGGGCCAAUAACAUGUCUUGCUUUUGAUGCAGCCGGUGAAUAUCUGCUCACAGCUGGAGAUAAACAAAUAAAGAUUUUUCGCAACGUUCCCGGUUAUCGAGCAAUGAUAGAAUCAUCGAAGAAGAAAUUGGAACAGCGACAAACUUCGGCCACGAGGGAACGCUUGGAAAAAACGAUCGCAGACUGUAGAAGUUUCCUCGAAAAAAUGGGCGAAACAUAUCCGCAAUAAUAUAAGAUUUCUGAUGAUUCUUGAAUUGUCGAAUUAUUCAUCACUUUCCGGUAAUAAGCAUUGAAUUCAGAAAAAUUAAGAAUUUGUAUUCCUAUGAUUACGCGAUUUUUCCUCCGUCUAAAAAUCCCCUAAACGAGAACAGAAAAAGUGAAAAUCCCAUUCCUCUCAAUCGACGUAGUAAAAUUUAACAAAAGCAUUUAUUUAACCUAUUUUUCAUUAGUAAAUCCUUUUAUAGCUUAUAAAUUCGAAACAUAUUCAAAUUUAUAUCUACUUAUAUUUUAAUAAUUUAUUUAAAAGUUUUAAAAAUUGCACUAAAGAAAUCUAUUUACAUGUGUGAAUU